AUGAUACAUUGGUCGCAGGGCCUGUUCGGAUUCAUCGGUAGCUUAGAGCCUCUACUGAACACUCUCGCACCGUUGUCAAGCAAAAGAUUUGACGCCAAUUCGACACCCCCUCAAACACCGCCGAUAUUCGAUGGCGACCUCACGAUACCUGCUUUGCAGCGAGCUUACAAGAACGGACUUUCGCCAGUAACCGUCGUUGAAGCGGUCUACGACAAGAUUGAAGCAUACAAGGAGAUAGACCCAGCAGUCUGGAUUUACCUGCAGCCACGCGAAGCAGCUCUAGACGCUGCAAGGCGAUUAGCAUCUACUUUCCCUGAUCGAAACGCACUUCCACCGUUGUUUGGGGUGCCCUUUAGUGUCAAAGACAGUAUCGAUAUUGCUGGUCUUUCUACCACGACUGCAUGUCCGCCACUUGCUCGCGUACCCUCCUCCUCUGCUCCCGUAUACGACAAAAUUAUCGCCGAAGGUGCCUUAUUUGUAGGGAAGGCCAACUUGGAUCAGCUUGCUACUGGCCUCGUAGGCUGUCGCAGCCCAUACGGAAUCCCCCAUUCAGUCUAUCACAAAGACUACAUAAGCGGCGGUUCAAGCAGCGGCAGCACAGUGUCAGUAGGAGCAAACCUCGUCUCAUUCUCGCUGGCAACAGACACAGCCGGCUCAGGCAGAGUGCCUGCUGGCUUCAACGGCAUCGUCGGACUGUAUUGCACUUUCCACCAAAACAGUAUCCGACGCGCGAACUCUGUGGCAGACCCUCGAAGGCCACGACCCACUCGACCCAUACGCAAAGCCGGAGAUAGCAUUCGAACGCCACAUAAUAGUAUCGGUCCUCAAUCACGCACGUUCAAAUUCGGUAUUCCACCUCCUGAAGCACUCGCCAUCUGCUCGAUACCCGCUCGUCGCAUGUUCAACGAGACCGUAUCGAGAUUACAAGCAAUCGGUGGUGUUCUCACACCAAUUGACUGGUCUCCGUUCCAGAAAGCCGGCCAGCUACUCUACGACGGUACAUUCGUUUCUGAACGCCUAGCCUCCCUCCCAGACGACUUCCUCGAGAAGAACCGCUCGGCGCUCCACCCAGUGACCGCCCAGCUUAUGGACGCUGUUGUUGCCCGGAAGAGCUCGGCUGUAGAUGUAUACCGCGAUCUGCAAGCCCAAGUCCUCUACACCCGUCAAGCAGAGAGAGUAUUCGCAUAUUCCGCUUCUGGUGUCGAUAUAGUUGUCGUACCAACAACGCCUACCCACUGGAGGAUAGAUGAGAUACUCGCUGAUCCUAUCAAGAAGAACAGCAUACUGGGCGAGUUUACGCAUUGCGGGAAUGUGUUGGAUUUGUGUGGUGUGGCUGUUCCGGCGGGCACGUAUCCUGUUGCCGAGUUGAGUGGGGAAAAUACGGAUCAAGGUGUGUUGCCGUUUAGUGUGACGUUCUUGAGUGGAUCGAGGUUGGAUGCUGAAAUUUUGGAGAUUGCUAGGCGGUUUGAGGAAAGCAUGAAGUAA